AUGACUCCCGCAUCCUGCGGCUUGAGCACGUGCCGUUCCAGUAGCGGGCGGGCUAGUGUCCCAAUGCGGUCAUGGUCUGAGCGGAAACGCUUGCCACCCUUGACCGAACGACCCGCUUCGCCAGAGGGCCAUAGAUCGCAGCCCCAGAGCGUGUUGUCAACGGGCGUCGUGGCGCGCAGACGUCAAGAGCCUCACCGCCUAGACCCGCUUCGACAUGCGCAGGGUGAUCGCCUGGCAUCCUUUGGCAAGCUCGACAAGGAGCCUUUCCGGAAGCCUUCCAUCCAGGUGCUUGGAAGAGAACAGCGCAGAGACGGCAAGGCACUUGCUGCCGAGCUAGCAGGCCCCCCGCCGGCCACCACUCAGGAGCCACCCGAGACUCGCUGCAAAGCACAGGCAGUCGCAUCCCUGCAAAGGUUCUUCUUCGAAGAGCUCAAAGGUUGCGGAGACGUGAAUGCCGCUGCCGCAUCGGCCUUGCGACGAUUGGCCGACGAGGGCUCCUCGGAUGUGCCUGCUGCGGCAUCACCCAGCGAGGCAACUUCAGCUGGGGACGAUUGA